CAGCGGAAACCCCACAUCACACCCCAUGCCACCCCCUCCAGCCCAGCACCAACACAUGGAGGAGACCGGGGAAAAUAAUCCAAACUCAGUAGGAAUCCCGAGCAACCCCAUAGCCACCCAACUUAAUGCCAUGCAACAGCAGUUCGGUGUGUUUCAACUCGUGCUCGCCCAACUAUUGGCUAGAGAUAACCCAGGUGACCCCCUCAUCACAUUAUUAAAUCCCACCAACCAAGCACGAACCCACCAGCCUCAACAAAAUGUCGGCUCACCAGCUCGGACUGCUGCCCCACCCCCCAAUGAGUCUCAAGCUCAUUCCCGUGUGGCACCUCAACCUCGGCAACCAUCCCAACCGCAAGGCUCUGCCCUUCUCCAUACCCCUCUUAACACCAACAUCAUUCAUGAACCUUACCCACCUGGGUUCAGAAUGCCUCAAUUCGAGACAUACGAUGGUACCAAGGACCCUGAUGAUCACUUGCACGCAUUCUACUCCGUAAUGCAAGCUCAAAAUGCUUCAGAUGCCUUGAUGUGCAAAAUAUUCCCUUCUACCCUGCGUGGACAUGCACGGACUUCGUACUACAAUUUGCUACCGAACUCGAUCAGUUCUUCCGCCGAGCUGGCGGCCUCCUUUGCCACGAAGUUUUCCAGCCGCCGGCUGAUCAAGAAAACAACAUCCGAGCUCAUGCGGGUGGCCCAGAGAGAAGGGGAGUCCUUAAAAAACUACAUGAACAGAUUUAAUGAUGCAGUGCUGGAAAUCGGCUCAUUUAGCCAAGCUGUCGGGUUAGCUGCACUAACCCAAGGCCUUAAGCAUGACAGGUUUCGGGAUAGCCUCAUAAAGCAUGCCCCUUCCACGUUUGAUGAGGCCAAUGAAAGAUCCUGGAAGUUUAUCAAAGCCGAAGAAUAUGCUUUGUCUGCCAAGCCAGUCCCAAAUAAGGAGGUAAGACCUCCGACCUGGAGAGAUGAACCACGGAACCAGAAGAGAUUUAAGCCUACACAAUACCGAGGUCCCUUCCCACCUAAACUAGACAGACCUCCAGUACCUACCCCGCAGCCCAUGAUGAAGCAAGUUGCCUGGACUCCGUUUAACCUGCCGAGGUCACAGAUCUUAAUGCAGAUCAAAAAUAAAAUGGAGCUCAGAAGGCCUCUUCCUAUGCGAAGCUCACCCGCCUCAAGAGAUCAGAGUAGAUAUUGUGAUUUCCACCAGGAUCACGGGCACAUCACGGAGGAAUGCAAUAGCUUGAAGUCCGAGCUUGAGGGUUUAGCUCGGAAAGGGUUGCUAAACGAGUACAUUUCUAACAGAGACCAACUCAAAUUCGUCCGGGAGCAGGGGCGACCCCAAUCAUCCCGAGAUGCAAACAACCGACUUGGAGUCGGAUAUCAACAAGCACCACCCCCGCUCCCUCCGCCCUCGCGCAUCAUUCAUAUGAUAACAGGAGGGUUGGAAGCCGGAGGGACGAGAGCUCAAAGCAGCAGAAGCUGUAUGUGCGAGAGCUCCGCUGAUUUUGAUGGUGUCAUCACACCACACAAUGACCCGUUGGUCACCUCGGUCAUGGUCAAUAAUUACGAAGUUCAGCGCGUCCUUGUAGACACAGGAAGUGCUCCGGACAUCAUGUACUACCACUGCUUCGAAAGCCUUGGCCUCGAUCCUGCCCUUCUACAGAAGUAUGACGGCCCCAUCUACGGUUUCAACAAUCAGCCAGUGCCUGUGGAAGGAAUCCUCAAACUUAAUGUAGCAUUUGGCUCAGGUCGAGCCUAUGUAACCCCCUCAAUCCGGUUUUUGGUAGUAAAGAUGGCGUCAUCCUUUAACAUCGUCAUCGGAAGGCCAACCUUGACAGAAAUUAGGGCAGUUGUUUCACCAUCCCACCUCUGCCUUAAGUUUCCUACCCUCACGGGUGUGGCGACGUUGAGGGGAAAUCAAGAGAUAGCCCGACACUGCUACGUGACUUCGGUCUCCCGACCCCGAAAGGAGAAACAAGUACCAAACCCAGAGCCAACUCAGCCUGAAGUCCCACCCACGCAGCAAGUAAUGGGUGUGGAACUGCUGGAUAACAGACCUAAUGAUGAAGCCAGGGCCACUCCGGUAGAAGAGGUGGAAGAGGUGCAGCUUGACAGCAAUGAGCCCACUAAAAAGACGAAGAUCGGCACCAAGCUGAGCUCCAAAGACCGAGCAGAGCUCAUUGACUUCCUCAAAUCAAACAGAGACGUGUUUGCCUGGACCUCAGCUGAUAUGCCUGGCAUACCCACCUCGGUUGCGGCAGAGGUACAAAAACUCCUGCAAGCCGAGUUUGUAAGGAGGGUAGACUACUGCGAAUGGGUUGCCAAUCCCAUUCUAGUCAAGAAGUCAAACGGCCAAUGGAGAAUGUGCGUUGACUACACGAAUCUGAAUGACGCUUGCCCCAAGGACUGCCAUCCCCUGCCGAGUAUAGAUAGGCUGGUGGAAUCCGCGUUCGGAAAUGAACGACUUAGCCUUUUGGAUGCUUACUCAGGGUAUCACCAAGUCCACAUGGCCCCCGAGGACGAGAAGAUGGUGACGAUUGUGUUCCGAGCUCAGAUCGGCAGAAAUCUCGAAGUCUACGUUGACGACAUAGUAGUCAAAAGCCUCAAGGCAGAGGACCACCUAACUGACCUGGCAGAAACAUUCAACAACCUCAGAACACACCGCAUGAGAUUGAACCCAGCCAAGUGCGUCUUUGGUGUCGAAUCCGGCAAAUUCCUUGGGUUCAUGGUCUCCAGGAGAGGGAUCGAAGUCAACCCUGAGAAAAUCAAGGCGAUAGAAGAGAUGAAGCCCCCGAAAUUGAUUAAGGAUGUGCAGCGCCUAGCUGGGAGAAUUGGAGCUCUGCACAGGUUUGUGUCGAAGUCUGCAGAAAAAUGUUUACCCUUCUUCAAAAUCCUGAGAUUCGUGGCCCAUAAAGAUGAAACAGGGAAACUUAAGAAGUUCGAAUGGACCUCAGAGUGCCAAACCGCCUUCAAUGACCUUAAGUCCUACCUUGGUUCACCACCUCUGCUAACCAAGGCCGUGGAAGGCGAAAUCCUUUACCUCUAUCUCGGAAUCUCAGACGCGGCAGUAAGCUCGGUCUUAGUUAGAGAGGCAGACAAACAGCAGAAGCCGGUUUACUAUGCCAGUAGGGUUCUACAAGGAGCUGAGCUGUGGUACUCCAUUGUAGAAAAAGCAGCUUUAGCAGUGGUCACCACGGCACGAAAAUUGAGACCCUAUUUUCAGGCUCACCCCAUUGUGGUGUUAACCGACCAACCCCUCAGGCAGAUCUUGCAGAAGCCGGAAUGCUCGGGCAGACUUAUCAAAUGGGCAGUGGAGUUGGGGGAAUUUCAGAUAACAUUUCAGCAGAGGUCAUCAAUUCGAGCUCAAGCCUUGGCAGACUUCAUCGUCGAAUGCACCUCGGCCUCCGAAACCGUCGCUUCUGAAGCCGAGCAAUGGACCCUCUAUGUGGAUGGGUCCUCAAGCAGCAGAGGGUCAGGGGCUGGAGCGGUGUUGAUAGGGCCAGGAAGCUUCCGAAGUGAGCAUGCCCUGAAAUUUAAUUUCGAAGCAACAAAUAAUAUGGCCGAAUAUGAGGCACUCCUUCUCGGACUUCGCUUAGCAGCUGAGUUGAAGGUCAGAUCUCUACAAGUUUACAGUGACUCACAACUCAUCGUCAACCAAGUCAACUCUACAUGCGAGGUCACAGACCCCACCCUAGCAAAAUACUUAGCUGUGGUUCUGAAGCUCCAAAGCCAAUUUGAAAGGUUUCGACUCACCAAAAUCUCAAGGUCCGAAAAUGGCCAUGCUGAUUCGCUAUCAAAGUUAGCUUCCGACUGCUCAAGUGGACUGAGGUCAGUUUUUGUCGAGGUCCUAGACGAACCAAGCUUCCAGAGGUCACAAGUGAUGGACAUCAGCACCGAUCCCGAAGCCCCCAGUUGGACCGAUCCCAUUAAAGCCUAUCUCCAGGAUGGGACUGUCCCAACUGACAAGCAAGAGGAGAUGAAGUUGCGAAAGAAGGCAUCUCGGUACAUGUUGAUGGAUGGCGAAACACCCUACCACUUGGCUUUUGGGACCGAGGCUGUCAUCCCUGUCAAAAUAGGCGUCCCAAGCCUACGAGUGACCCACUUCGACCCAGCUCGAAACGAGCAGUCGCUAAGAGAGAACCUCGAUCUUUUGGACGAAGUCCGCGAGGAAGCUCGACUUCGAACAUUAGCAUACAAGCAGAAGCUGGCCAACUCAUACAAUAGGUGAGUCCGACCUCGAACCUUUAGAGUUGGUGACCUCGUCCUCAGAAAGGCAGGACUCACCGGCUUCGAAACUCGCUUCGGCAAGCUUGCGCCCAAUUGGGAAGGCCCCUAUGUAGUAGCCGAAAUCCCACACCCCGACGCUUAUGUACUGGUAGACGCCGAGGGCAAAAGAAUACCUAGGGUUUGAAAUGUAAAUAAUUUAAAGAAGUUUUAUCCAUAAUAAAGCUUCAUUUCAUCC